AUGAAAUAUAUUGCGUUAUUUGUUGUGCUUUGUUUGGCUUAUAUAAAUGUGCAAGCAUACAAUCCCUACACACGACCGGGUUACGGACCCGGUAGUGGAUUGGGCUACGGUUCUGGUUCUGGAUAUGGAUCUGGUUCAGGGCUAGGCUAUGGUUCCGGCUCAGGGCUAGGCUAUGGUUCUGGCUCAGGGCUAGGCUAUGGUUCUGGCUCAGGGCUAGGCUAUGGUUCUGGUUCAGGGCUAGGCUACGGUUCUGGCUCAGGGCUGGGCUAUGGUUCUGGUUCAGGGCUUGGCUACGGAUCCGGCACAGGCUUAGGUUACGGAAGAGGUUAUGGUUCUGGCAAUGGCUACGGACCUGGCAGGGACUAUGGUUACGGUUCCGGUUCAGGCACUGGAGUGGGAUAUGGAAGGGGAUCGAAUAUUGGAUUUAAUGUUUAA